AUGUCAAAAUACAAUAUUCCGAUGAGCAACUUGACUCUUCGUUUUCAAAAAGAACAAAGAGUUUUCAAGCAAUUGACACAUAAAGAUGCAUUAAUUGAUGCAUUAAUAUCACUGUACAAUAAUGCAGUCAAUCAGCAUUCAAGUCAACAAGAAUCCAAGAACAAAUUUAUUGAAUUAUAUAAACCCGUCUAUCACGAAAUCAACAAGACAAAACUAUCGCUGAAAGAUUUUCAAGUGCUGCAUGAAAACUCAUUUGCAGAGGGUGCAUUUGGCAAAGUAACCAUUGUGAAAAGCACACGAAACAAUCAGAUUUACGCCAUGAAGACAUCCAGCAAAGCAAAGCUCAUCAAUCAGAUGGAUCGAUCAUCUCCAAUGGAAGAACGCCUGAUACUGUCCAACGAAAAUGAAGAAUGGUUACCUGGAUUAUACGCAUCAUUUCAGGACGAAAAGAAUUUGUAUCUUGUCAUGGAAUAUGCUCCUGGUGGUGAUCUGCAAGGCCUAUUAGAGCGACGAUCUUUCCAGCCAUUCAAUGAACAAGAGGCACGGUUCUACUGUGCUGAACUGAUCUUGGCAGUGGAACGAGUACAUCAAUUGGGAUACAUGCAUCGCGAUAUUAAGCCCGGUAAUAUACUAAUUGAUAGCAAGGGGCACAUCAAACUGGGUGAUCUUGGAUCGUGCAUAUCUCUGGAUACAAAAGAUUAUCUUUUGAUGGUCGGUACAAUGCCUUAUGUCUCGCCAGAAAUGUGCAAUUCGGAGGGAUUUGAUUCUCGCCAUGGCGGUGUCGCUUAUGGCUCAGAGGUUGAUUGGUGGUCUGUAGGCAUUGUCUUGUACGAACUCUUGUAUGGCGAACGUCCAUUUACGGGCUCUGAUGUAAAGAUUCAGAUGAGUCUUUUGAACCCAAAGGUCUCAGUUCAAUUUGAUUCCAACUUGAAAAUUUCCUAUGAGGCCAGAGAUCUACUCUCAAGGUUGCUGUGCAAGUCAAAGGAUAAGAGACUGACAAGUGUAGCAGAAAUCAAAUCACACGCCUUUUUUAAAGAUGUCAACUGGGAUGCCCUGCGCACAUCCGGUGUUCCACCAUUCAUUCCGUCCAUUGUAUCGCCUGAUGAUGUGACAUUCUUCUCUGCUACGAGCAACGAGGAAGGAAACGGUGAUGAAGAGGAGGACCAGGGUUCUUUUGUCGUCGAUGACGAUGAAGAUCAGCAGAACAGCUUUGAUAAAGAGUACCCGUUUAUUGGAUACAGUUACAACAAUACAGCGUCCAAUGUCGAGAAGCCCACCAAAACUAGCAGCAACCAAGAGUUUAUUGCACAACUAAGACAGAAACGCGGUAGUCUAGAACCGAAGCAAUGGGAAGAAGAGAAAAGCAAGCUUAAAUCAGAGAUAGAACAACUGAAAUCACAGCACACCAUGCAGGUUGAAGACAAUAAGGCCUUGCAGCAGAAAUUAGAUGAACUAGAGGACAAAGAAACGCAAUUGCAACAUUUGGUUCAAUCACUGAGAGAAGAAAAUGGCCGCCUUAAGAGCUCAUCGAGUGGAAUGAAUGACCUAGUGGAGGAGAAUAGUCGAAUGAAAGCAUCUGUUUCGGCAUUACAGCAUCAGUUAGGCAAAAUGGAGGCAGAAAACGUCAAAUUGACUAAUACAAUCACAUCGCAAAAUGAUGCCAUGGACAAGAUUCAAACUGAUUACAGUAAGCUACAGAUAACUUUAGAAGAACUGCGUCUCGAGAAUGAACAACGCAGCAGAGAAAUUCAAGACAGCGCCCAGCUUCGAGAGAAUAUCAGUCAGCAGCAAGACAAAAUCGCUGUUUUGCAGAAAGAUCUAUUAUCUAUCAACACUACAUGUGAUGAAUACAAAAAGCAGAUUAGCCAGUACCAGAGCAGCUUGGAGGGCAUCCAACAAAGCGACACUGACAAACAAAUGCUACUACAAACCCUCCAGCAAGAUAUUAAAGAUCUCCAGAGCAAACUACAGAACGAGAAAGAACGCAGCCAAAGUAUUGAACAAACUUACAGCCAGAAAUUGAGCGAGCAAGCAAAUGACUUCAAUCAUUUGAUACAACAAGCGAAAGAAAAAUGCGAGCAGCUUCAGCAAGAAUUGGAACGACAAAAGGUCAAGGAGAUGGCUAACGACAGAACAAUGAAGAGAUCCGUCAAAUCGUUGCCUGUCAUACCUGCUACAUCAUCAACACCAGCGCUGAAUUCACCUGGAGAAGGUAGAUCCAUCCUAUCAACCAUGUGGCAACGAGAAAGAGAUUCUUUGAGAAAUGCUCAACAAGCACUAGAGAAUUCAGAAAGCCAACUUGCCUAUGCUAAAAAGCAAGUGAUCAGAUUGAAGAGAGAGAUUAAAUGUUACCAAAAGUAUACGUUUCAGCAACAGCAACAACAGAAUGGCUUGUCCAUGGUGGAUCAAACAGACAGAAAUUGUGAUGCGGAUGUAUCCAUGCUCAAGAAUCAUCCUGACAGCGGUCGAUUAAGUAAUUUACAUACUACAAGAAAACAGCCUUUGUCCAAGUCAAACGUAACCAAUAAGUUGAUGGCAUCAAUCUACUCUGAAAAGCCUGUAGAUGUUUCUCUCUCAGACUUGAAAAACACAACUGGGUAUGACAGUGCAUUUGAAAUAUCGCACAAAAAGAACCAAGCUUUGCUAGACAAGAUUGACCAGGAAAAGAACUUUAUCAAGAGCACUGAGCGAACAAUUGCUGCUCGCGCGAGACUAGUGCGGCAUAAAAGUACCAUUGACGAGGAAUUGGAGAUCUCAUUGCAGCGCGCCCAAUCUACGCUUGCUUCUCUUGAAAGCUCAUUAAGCACCAAGAAAUACUCACCUUCAGACUUUUUUCGAGCCAAGAAACCGCUUUCAUCUACCCUAGAUGAUCUAACAGAUAUCUAA